AGGAUGUGCCGGUAAAAGUGCGCGCGGGUUUUUUCUCUGGCCGUGCAGCUCAGCUGUUAGCAGCAGGACUGUGUUUACCUUCAGGAAAGAGCUCAGAAAAACCGACUGAUUCAUUUUCGCUCGGUUAAUCAUGUCUAACUCAAAUGAGGCGGAUUUACCGCCGAACCUGGCGUGCCUGAAACCUAUAGACACCCUUCUUCGAUGUCCCAUUUGCUUUGACUUCUUGAACAUAUCCAUGAUGUCGCAGUGUUCACAUAACUUUUGUUCGCUGUGUAUACGGAAGUUUUUAUCUUACAAAUUAUUGUGUCCAGUCUGCAACACACCAAUGACAGAGCAAGAUCUGAGGAAUAAUCGGAUUUUGGAUGAAGUUGUCCAAAGUUUUCUGUCUGCAAGGCAGCUGCUGUCUCGGGCAAAUUUCGAGUCUCCUCCGAUUUCCCCCAAGACCCCCUCUGUGGCUUUGAAAGGCAAAGCAGCAAGACAGAAGUGCCCCAGGAAAGAGGGCACCCCUCUGACGCACUUUUUCCAGAAACGAACCGCCGCGACCCCCUCGUCAGGGGCAAAAGCCGACCUCAUGCCUCCCUGCCCAGUAAAGGAGGAACCCAUGGAGGUGUGCGUGCAGCCCCCCAGAGACCUCAAGCAGGAGAGGGUGGAGGCUAAGAGCACCACAGUGAAGGAGGAAAAGAUGGAUGUGUCUGCCUUUCCCUCCACAUCACAGGUUUCUAAGGCGACUGUCAAAGUGGAGUGUCCAGUGUGUGAAGUGGCCAUAUCUCAACAGCACAUCAAUAAACAUCUGGAUGCUUGUUUGAGCAGAGAUGAGAAGAAGGAGGGCCUCAGAAGGUCUGACCAGCUAGGCUGCCCCAGUUCUGCAUUUGUAGUGCCCAAUUCUGCUAGGCGUAGGCCGAUGUCUAAGCUGGUGUAUACACUGAUGACUAUCCCUGAGCUCAAGAGACGACUUCGAGACUGCCACCUGUCCACCCAGGGCUCCAGAGAGCAGCUCAUCAGACGACACCAGGAGUUCACCCACAUAUUCAACGCCCAGUGUGACGCACUCAACCCCAGAUCAGGUGAAGACAUUGCUAGAGAGGUUGAGAACAAUGAGAAGACUAAAAAUCAGCUGGGGAGUAAAAGUAAACCUGCAAUACCCAUCACAAAGAACCAGACAGCUGAAGAGAUUGAACAAUUGAACUCUAACUACCGGAAACAACACAGCAGUGAAUUUUCCCGUCUCAUCGCUCAAGUCAGAGGUCGUUUGGAGACUUCAAGACGGACUCAGAUGAAGCAGGAAGAGGAGAAGAAGCCGGUGGAGGCGUCGUGUUCAGGAGCUGAUCCUGCAUCAGUCCAGAACACGCCCCAGAAAGCGGUUUCCACAACGCUGGAAGUAACCAAUCAUGAGAUUAUAGAAAUUACAUCAAGGUCACCAAGCCCCGCCCUCAGUGAUGUGUCGAUCAGCAGCUCCAUUUCUGAUGUUUUCAACUGAAGAAUAGAAGCUUCCUGUAAUCCCGGGGAACGAUCCAAGAGGCUAAAGCACGGCUGCAGGUCUCUGAGGAGUAAUCAACACUGUACCGGAAACCGGACUCAUUCAUUCAUGCAGCACUCAGUGGAAAAUACCUGUGGGACUCACUCUGAAAUGCAUCAUGCCGCUUUUAUGUAAUGAUGACAGUUUUAUGCAACAACGUGUAUGUAAUUUUCUUUGUUGUAGUUACCUGUUUUGUACAUAUGUUUUUAAAAUAAAAGUGCUCGAAAACUCUA